GCUGUUGCUCGCUCGCCGUGUUGUUCAGUUGGCCGCUGCGAGCCCUAGCGACAAGACGUGUGCGACGCGAGGCGUGGCGCGGCAGUGUUGGGCCCUUGCGAGCGGCAGACGGCGGACCUACUGGCGCCAUUUCAUUUGUUGUUGAGGCGAGCUCGCCGCGGUCUGGAGCCACGGCCCCGCGGCAGUGAUUUGUGACCUUGCUGGACGACUUGGCGGUGCUUCGCAGACCAGGACGACACUUCGGAUGCCGACACUUGGAUUACUCGCCCUUCCAUCCCUCCGCCUCCACCGCGACAACAGUUCAUGAACGGGAACCGGCGCGCGAGGUGCCGCUGAGUGGACAGUGGCGUAGCCGGCGUCGCCGCCAUGGCUGUGGAGACGCGGCCGCUGCUGGCGGCUGUGCUGCUGGCCGUCGUGGGCGUAGCCAGCGUCCUGGCCGCCCCCAUCGGAGUCGACGAGCAGGUGGUGACUUUGGUGCCCGGGGAGCACCUCGAGGUGGAGGUGGACGCGGGCGAGAAGCUGAGGCUGCGGUGCCCCCAGGACGUGCAGGACGUGACGUGGUGGAAGAACGGCGCGGUGCUGGGCAACUCGACGCGGGUGCGCGUGGCCAAGCAGUCCGUCAAGUGGCGCGCCGUCAAGCGCAAGGACGCCGGCGACUACGGCUGCCGGCCGCGGGGCGCCGCGGACUCGUGGGCCUGGGCCAACGCGACGCUCAUCGUGCUGGGGGCCUCGAAGGCCGCCUCCAGGCUGGCGCCGCCCUCGGCCCUGUCGGCGCAGCGCGAGGACUUCCUGCAGGACAUGCAGGCGGACGCGCGCGACCCCUCGCUGCAGGACUCGCUGGACUCGAGCGCCGACGAGGACCUGACGGCGCCCAAGGCCAAGACCCCCCGCACCGAGGCGCGGCGCGAGGGCGACUCCGUGGUGCUGGCCUGCCCCGUGGCGGGGCCGUCCACGUCGCCGCCCUUCUGGAUCAAGGACGGCGAGCCCUUCCCCAUGAGCCGCGCGCUGGUGCAGGGCACGUCCAUCGAGGUGCGCGCCCUGCGCGUGGCCGACUCGGGCAACUACACGUGCACCGUGGCCAACGGCAGGGGGUCGGACGCGUCCACCGUGCUGCUGCGCGUCUUCAGCCGAGCCGAGGACAUCCCGCUGGUGCUGCAGGCGCCGCGCAACGCGUCGGAGACCCUCGGCGGCACGGCCUCCUUCGCGUGCGAGCCGUCCCCCGACGCCCCGGAGUCGUCGCGCGUGCGCUGGGUGCACCUGCCGCCCGGCGAGGACGUCGGCGCCGCCCUGGACGACGACGUCAUGAGGACCCACGAAGUGCAGUCGCGAGGCGGCCCCCCGAACGUGUUCCCUCGGCUGCUGGUGCUGGACAACCUGACGCUGGACGACGAGGGCUGGUACGUGUGCGUGGUGCACAACGGCGUGGGCAAGGGCCGCGCCUCGGCCAGCGCCUGGCUGCACGUGAUGCCGCCCAGCGAGGAGGACGCGCUGCACUGCCGCGGCAACGUGAUGCAGGGCGUGAGCUCGGACAAGCACCCCGCCAGCCCGCCCCAGUUCACCAAGGCCGACGCCAUGGCGCCGUACGACGCCAAGCCGGCCGGCAACAUGUGGCGACUCAAGUGCCCCGCUUUCGGCAACCCCUGCCCCAACGUGACGUGGACCAAGGACGGCGCGCCCAUCCAGCGGCAGUGGGGCGCCGUGCGCGUCGGCAACUGGUCCAUCGUGCUCGAGGAGCUGGUCACGGAGGACUCCGGCAACUACACGUGCACCGUGUGCAACGCCCUGGGCUGCGUCGAGCACUCCACCAAGCUGGACGUGAUCGAGCGCUUCCGCCACAAGCCCUACGUCAAGGAGGGCUUUCCCCGGAACGCCACGGCGCUCGUGGGCGCCAGCGCCUCGUUCGAGUGCCCGCUGUACGCGGACCUGUCGGCGUUUUACCAGUGGUUCCGCCUGUCGCCGGAGGACGGCGCCGCCAGCGCUGGCGGCAGGGGCGACGAGCCGCCCAACGGCACCCUCAUCCAGUCUGGUGACGAUGGCGCCGACGACCCGGAGGUGCUGCGGCUGACGAACGUGACCCACGAGGACGAGGGCUUCUACGCGUGCGUGGCGGGCAACAGCCUGGGCAUCACGUACGCCAUGGCGUACCUGCGCGUCGUGGACACCGAGGAGACGGAGCCCUCGCAGCUCCACAUCCAGGUGGCGGGGCCGACGGCCUUCGUCAUGAACGUGCUGGUGGCGGGGCUGUGCCUGCUGUUCCUCAUCGCCGUGGCCGUGGUCAUCAGCAUCUUCCACCGCCUCAAGCGCGAGAAGCUCAAGAAGCUCAAGGCGCUGGAGACGGCCGCCGCCGUGACGCACUGGACCAAGAAGGUGAUCGUGGAGCCCGCCAACAGGCCCAACUCCGGGGCCGCCAGCACCGUGAGCGUCGGGGACUCGCAGUCGCAGGAGCCGCUGCUGAUGCCCAUGGUGAAGAUCCAGAAGCAGAAGUCGUCCGCGCCCAUCGACUGCCUGACCAUCUCGGAGUACGAGCUGCCCGUGGACCCGGACUGGGAGUUCCCCCGCGACAGCAUGACGCUGGGCAAGAGUCUGGGCGAGGGCGCGUUCGGCAAGGUGGUGCGCGCCGAGGCGCACGGCAUCCUCAAGCAGGGCGUCACCACCACGGUGGCCGUCAAGAUGCUCAAGGAGGGCCACACCGACGCCGAGAUGAUGGACCUGGUGUCGGAGAUGGAGAUGAUGAAGAUGAUCGGGCGGCACGUCAACAUCAUCAACCUGCUGGGCUGCUGCACCCAGGACGGGCCCCUGUACGUGGUGGUGGAGUACGCCCCGCUGGGCAACCUGCGCGACUUCCUGCGCCAGCAGCGGCCCGCGUCCGGGGCCUCGACGGGCGGCGUGUCGGCCUCCGGGUACGAGCGCGCCAUCGGCGUCAACAGGACCCUGACGCACAAGGACCUGGUGUCCUUCGCGUACCAGGUGGCGCGGGGCAUGGAGUACCUGGCGUCGAGAAGGUGUAUCCACAGAGACUUGGCUGCGCGUAAUGUGCUGGUCAGUGAUGACUACGUCAUCAAGAUUGCCGACUUUGGUCUGGCCCGAGACAUUCACUGUAAUGACUACUACAGAAAGACGACCAACAGCCGCAUUCCUGUCAAGUGGAUGGCGCCCGAGGCACUGUUCCACAGGCUUUACACAACACAAUCUGAUGUUUGGUCGUACGGAAUUCUUCUAUGGGAAAUAAUGACAUUAGGUGGAACACCUUAUCCAUCCAUGCCCAGUGUUGAAAACCUAUUCCAGCUUUUAAGGAGUGGUCACAGAAUGGAAAAGCCUCCAGCGUGCUCAUUAGAAAUGUAUAUGCUGAUGAGAGAAUGUUGGAGUUAUCAACCCAAUGAAAGGCCAACUUUUGAAGAACUUGUGGAGGAACUGGAUCGAAUCUUAACUGUGACAGCCAAUGAGGAAUAUUUGAAUUUGGGUAUGCCUCAGCUAGUGACUCCUCCUUCAAGCGAAGAUGAAGAUGAAGAAGACAAUGAUCUGGAGCUCUUUCCAAAUCUUUUAUAAUAUCAGCAAACAUUACGUUGAUAGGCUCCUUGUGUCAGCGUUGGCCAAAGACUGAAAGUUUGUGUCUACUCGUAAAUUCCAGUUACCAAAAAGAGGCUCUAAAAUUUGCUGUGUUUCUGCUAUGUGUCUGUACCAUGUAGCCAGGGAAGCAGUACGUAUGCGAUUUCCUUUUAAAGGUUUAACUGCAAUAGACUUCUUGUAUUUUUAUAACAACAACACAGACAAAUUAAAGUUAAAGUUCAUUAAAAUGUAAAUAUUGACCAAAGCUUCUUAGUCCAUUUGUAAAUAUCCAUUAUUAUUUCAAUCAUUGUAUGUGCUCUCUUUAGUUGUUUUGUUUAAUUUUAGCUUCAUGUAUUUUUGUUGACUGAAUGGUGUAUUUCAAGGUUUGGAUUGGCUGGUGGUAAAUGUGUACAAAGUCAUAGAUGUACUACUUUUUAGGGCAAGCUGUUAGCCUUUCAAGAAUAUCAGGGCAUAUCUGUUAAGUGAGGAAAGCAUCUCUCUCUGGUGACACAGGUGCAAUCUUCAUAUUUAUUUAUGCAUUUAGGGGUAUUCUCAUCUUGGGGUGGGGAAGUCCUAUGCCAAGGUUCAUUUAUGUUUGUCUAAAUGACCUCAUCUUUACCAAAUUGUUGAUCAAUGCACUAUACACAUCAGCCUUCGUGCAUUGAUGCAUAGUGUAACUUGUAAACAUGUAUUGACUAGUCAUCAAAUAGUAUUAUUAUUUUGUGUUAUUUUUUGGAAGAUUAUUAAUUUAUGAUUAUUGUACUGCUUUUGUAGUAUGUUACUGUAAGAUUUCUAAAUUUUUGUUAUCAAGAACAAAAAGAAACUUUACCUUUGAAAUGACUUUUAAUUAAAGCUUUGUUAAAAGUGUAGAUCAUGGAUGGGAAAAUAUUGUUGAUUGUUUUUACUGUUAUGUACUUUAGCUUUACCUAGUUGUGUUGUUCCAAGAGUAAUUAACUAGUGGGUGACACCACUUAGUGGUAUUUUGAAUUAAUUUCGUCUCAGAUAUUCAAAGGCAGUCGUAAAAUAAACCUUGUGAACAUUGUAAAUUAUUUUUCCAUUCAUGAACAUGUGGUUUUAAUAUCUCUGUAAAUACUGUAUCUCUGCUUUUGUUUAAAGUGUACAGUUAAUUUAUAUUUUAUGUUAAAUAAUGUAAAGUACAAAGAGACCGAAGUUCAGAAUUCUUUUUUUCUUUUUUUAUAGUAUUGAACUUUCUGUAGUUUACGUAAACAAGUAUCAGAAAAGGCUUUGCUGUAUGUGUGUUUUAUUACAUACAAUGUAUGUAGUACAUGACUCACCUUUGUAAACAAUGUGUAAUUUAUUAAAACAUUGAUCUUAUGCUA